AUGGUUACUUUUAGGGUGAAUAUACUUACGGUUACCCUACUUUUGGGGAUCGCAACAGCCAACGUAGUUGUAAACGAAGAUGGUUGGCUUGACAGUCUCUUGGAAAAGAACAAAGAUAAACUAGAAAAAUAUGUGAAGAAAGAUAACUCUGUUGAUAUCCAAGCGGUUAUAUUACCGAAACCCGAUGGUUUUGAAGAUCCCAAGAACUGGUCUUUAGGUUCAGUUCUAGCUCUUAUAAAACUCAUUAAGGAAAGUAAGUCAUCAGAACCUGUUUUACAAAUUAUGAGGCGAGCGUUUAACAACUCUGGGGCAAAGUUUCGAGGCUACGAUUUAGAUCCACCCAAUACUAUUGUCCGGAUCAAGAACCACAUGCAGGCACAGCUUCCACAUUCAGAGAUCAGAUUGAUCAGCGUCAUGUAA